CAAAGCUGUGUUCAGUUAUGACCGAUUAAGGCGGUUUACAGUAAGAACGAAUUAAAUCGAUAUAUUAAGAUCGUGGUUCACGCGCGCUUUACGGAGCGUUUGGCGGUGCUAAAUACCUGAGAGAACGAGCAAACAUAUUUCAGAUGUUGCGAUCUCAGAUACGGAUCUUAUAGACUGAAGUUGAGAUUCCCAGGAGAAAAAGUGCCGAUGAACAUGAAGAAAACAUAUUCUGGCAUUGCUAGAUCCACCAGUGGCAGUCUGAGGAGGCCAGAGAGAGCAGAUCCAACAAGUCCUACCAGUAUUGCACUUAAGAGGUCAUUUGAAGUGGAGGAGGACGCAUCUACAAACCCUUCCCCUCUCUCCCGCAGAACAGCCAACCCUCUACGCUCCACCUCUUCAACCAACAGUCGCUUCCAUGACAUGAGCUCCCGCAACUCAGAGUCCACCUCCAGGCACGCUUCAGAUUCCUCCUCUAACCAUCGUUCUCCAAAGUCCGGCCUGCGGCGCAUGGAGUUAUCAGGAAGCCGCGUCCCAGAGACCGCAUCACGCAGGACAGAGAUCUCUAUUGACAUCUCGUCUAAGCAGGUGGACAGCUCGCCCAGUCCUGGUAUCGCCCGCUUUGGCUUAAGAAGACCUGAGGUCUCGCUCCAAAGCAAAGCCACAGAUCCACUGGUUCACAGAAGGGCUGAUGGUACCAGCAGACCCCAGGAACCUCCAACACCCCCCAGGAGAGCCGACCCACCAGUACCUGUGUCCCGGAUCCCUGAGCAGUCCCAGAGGAGAGUGGAGCCACCCAGCCCUCUUGAGAUCUCCGCUCCACCUCGACGGCCUGAGAUGCAUAUUAACAGACAGCUGGACACACCUUCUCCUGCCAGGGAGUCAGAGAAUAGCUUCACAUCUGCAGCCAGCGUCACUCCUACCUUCACUGAAUACAAAACCCCUCCGUCAGUGCAUGAAAUCCCCAUAAGACCACCAGAGAGGUCAGAGGUCAUUUCAAGCUACAGCAGCAGUAGCAUCAUGACAGAAUCUGUUAUAUCAGAGAUGCCUCCAGCCAUGUUUCUGGAGAAGCCCAGCAUGGACUUCAGCUACGUGGGCAUCGAUGCCAUCCUGGAGCAGAUGAGGAGGAAGGCCAUGAAACAGGGCUUUGAGCUCAACAUCAUGGUUGUGGGGCAGAGUGGAUUGGGAAAGUCCACGUUGAUGAACACGCUCUUCAAGUCCAAGGUGAGCCGCAAGUCUGUCCUGGGAACUGCUGAAGAAAAGAUCCCCAAAACCAUCGAGAUCAAGUCCAUUAGUCAUGACAUCGAAGAGAAAGGAGUUCGAAUGAAGCUGACAGUCAUAGACACACCAGGAUUUGGGGACCAGAUCAACAAUGAGAACUGUUGGCAGCCCAUUAUGAAGUUUAUCAAUGACCAGUAUGAGCAGUACUUGCAAGAAGAGAUCAAUAUUGACAGGAAGAAAAGGAUUCCAGACUCACGAGUUCACUGCUGCAUAUACUUCAUCCCACCAACAGGACACUGUCUUAGGCCUUUGGAUGUGGAGUUUAUGAGACGUCUCAGCAAGGUGGUGAACAUUGUUCCUGUCAUUGCCAAAGCUGAUACCCUAACUCUGGAGGAGAGGGAUUUCUUCAAGAAGAAGAUAAGGGAAGAGCUUCGAGCCAAUGGCAUAGAUGUCUAUCCACAGAAAGAGUUUGAUGAGGAUGCAGAAGACAGAAUGAUCAAUGAGAAAAUAAGAGAAAUGAUUCCUUUUGCUGUAGUAGGAAGUGACCAAGAGUAUCAGGUCAAUGGAAGAAGACUCUUGGGAAGGAAAACAAAAUGGGGAACCAUUGAAGUUGAGAAUAUUGCCCACUGCGAGUUUGCUUACCUGCGGGAUCUCCUCAUAAGAACCCACAUGCAAAAUAUUAAAGACAUCACCAGCAGCAUCCACUACGAGAUGUACCGCGUCCGCCGGCUCAAUGAGAACAAUACUCAGGCCAACGGCCUUGGUGAGCACCACCCAGCUUCCCAUGAAAUCUAGCACCUCCACUCAAACCCCUGGUUGGUCCCUUCUCUCAAAUCCCCAACCCUGUAUUCACCUUACACUCUGUUUCGCCCCCUUCAAUCAGCCCUGUACUGAAGUGAAGAGGUCCAUCAAGAGAAGCACAUAAUGAUUUUACCUCCCAGAAACUCCAGCACAGCACCGUUAAAACCUUUCACUCCUCUACACUUGUGCCUGAGACCCGGGGGCAAAGAGCUCUAGCUCACAAAUAACACUCCCUUUGGCUGUUAAAGAGCUUCUCCAUAUACUGCAUGUGUUUGACUUGGUCUGCUGAUGCUUCAAGUGUGUGUUUGCAUUGUUUGUUUUUUUUUUUUUUUGGUGGAUGGUUCUAAUUGGUCAAGCUGUGGAAAAGCUCUUUAUGUGCAAUAUAGGGCCUGUUUGUCCCCUUUUUUUUUAUUUAUUUUUUUAUCUCUGCUAAUAGAAAAAAACAAAAUAUCUUAAACCAGCCUAAGCUGGAUUGCUGGUCUAAGCUGGUUUAAGGCCAUCUAGCUGCUCUCCCAGCCUGUCCAAGAUAACUGGUUUAGUGUCCCAAAGCCCCUCUGUGAAACCAGAAAACAAGACCAGCUAAAACUAGCAAAACAUGUUAGGCUGGUUUAAGCUGUUUUUAGCAGGGAGUUUUAUAGGCAUUUUCUCAAACACUCCUUUUUUUUUUUUUUUUUUUUUUUUUUUUUUUUUUUGAUUUAAUAUUUAUGCUUAAUUUUGAGGGAGAUAGGCUAAGUCAGAGGCUAAGUCAUCUUUUGAACCCAGAGCUCAUGUGAGAUAUGACCUCAUUAUUUCCAUUAUGCAUUAUAAAUAAUGUUCCAUUAGUUCCAGCUGUCCCAUUUAGAUGGAGUUGUGUGUGGAGGCUAAAGGUUAUCUGGUUUCUCUGCCUAUAAAAUGAAUGCUAGAAUGCCAAUAGCACUUCAGAGAAACCAGAUGUGCCAUUGGUCUUGCAGUUGUUUUUUGUGUUCACAUAUGAAUGAAUGAAUGAAUGAAUAUGUGCAAACAUUUACAGGAAAACAGACUCAGUGAACCCCUGGUGCCUUAUAAAAAAAUUGCAGUGAGUGGAAUUACAGGUUUAGGAUUUGUAUUUGAAAGAUUAUCCAAACUGAAUAGUAUUUAUGUACAUGAGAUUAAUUGAGAUUGUGGUAAUGAUUCUUUACACCCUUGUUUCCCCAUGUUCACACUCCAAUACUCCUUGAAUGGACCAAUGGCUAUGAACGUUGUUAUUUAUAACAGAAUGUGAUCUGGCCUAUAGUUUGAAUAGGAAGGAGAAUUGCAAUGCCUUUUGAGCUGAUGGAAAGCACUCAAAAGAACUUUUGUCUGUAUUUUGUUUUACAUCAUCACAUCCCCUUGUUCUCGCCCACUCGUGCUGAAUAUGUGGAAAUUUACACCAUCUAGACCCCUUUGGUCAUUUGUUUCUCUUUGCUCAGAGGAAAAGGCCUACAGUUGAGAGAGUGUGUAAUCAGUGCCAACAUGUGUGCCUGACAUUUUAAAUAUGCCUGCCAUGUGUGACGAGGAGCCACUUUUGAGAAUGCCGAAAUUCAAGGUGCUCAGGCUUUGUUCUUGUCUGCAAAACCCUUUAUAAUUGCUCAUUGUUGGGGAAAUAUCUUUUUGUCCUGUGCUGUAUAUUCAUAGAAAUAAUUUUUUUGUUUUGGUAUUCAGAGUAACACAAAUACAUUUGAUAUCUUGUUAUUUUAAAGAAAUAAAGAUUUAAAUGAUCA